UAACCAGUGCUAAUUUAGUCCUAACAAACACUAGGUGGGAUAAAACACUGAGUUGGCAAUUAUUAAUGGUUUGUAUUUCUUAAGCUUAUGGGCCCCACCUUUGUUUAUUUCUUCAGCUAUUUCUUGGUCAAACAGGGUGAGAGAUGGGGUGGGGGAUUCGGGUUUCUUUCUCUCCGAUGUGCUGCCAGGGUGGUUGCCGGAACCUGCCAGGGGUAGGUGGGUGCUGGGGAAUUAUCAUGUGCAAGCCAUGAAUUUGGAACUUUAGUUUGGGGGCUAUAGAAUGAUGCUCGGUGCUUCGCCGGAGAAGACAACCAGAAAAGCAGGCGAAGAGUUGAUCGGCUCUGAGAUGAUUGGACAGGCUGUCACAUCUGUCCGGUCCUCCAGUGUAGCGUUUCAAAUUCCGCGCCUCUCCUGCGGCGCUGGCUUGAAGCGAAGGUGGACUAGGGGUUGGGCCGUAACCCUAGCCGAGCUUGUAGACGUGGAAGCCUUGUUCACUGGGAUGUUGUUUGAUGCCUCGACUUGGCUGAGUUUUUGGAUUGGGAGAAGAAGAAUAUUGGGUAGAGCAUUUGAGGACCAUGGGUUGUUGGUGAAGUAAAAGGUCAGAGAGAAACAUUAAAAUGAGUUGGUGCAGGAGGAAGGAGGGGAGUGCAACAGCGCAGAGGCUAAAAAAGGAAAGAGGAGCAUAUGGGGGGAGCAAGCAGAGCUGGG